AUGAAAUCCGCUCAUAACAAGACCCAGUACAGAGCUCUAGAACUUCAUUUUAUUAAAGACUCUCCACACCCACAUGUGAUUUACUUUAAGGAACAUCUAGUGAGAGAGCACACAGCAGAUAAACCUUCUGGUCGUACUUUAUUUGUCGUUAAUAUUCCACCUUACGUCGACGAACAGUGCAUGAUAAAGGCGUUUAGAAAAGCCGGUGACAUCCAGUCUGUUCAAUUUUCCAUCAAACCAAAUUCAACCAUUUCACAGAACUCAGAAAUAUUUUUAAAAGAAAAAUGUACACCUAACUUUAAAUUAUGUUAUUUAGUAUUUAAAACUGUCAUCGGACUUGAUAAUGCAUUGAAAUUAACAGAGCUACAACCAAUAAACUGUGAUUCACACUUAACAUUGGGACUCAAGAAAUGGAUAAAUGAAUACAAUAGUACUAUUUUAAAACCAUCAGAGUUAAAAGACAGUAUAGAAAGAUUUAUGGAAGAGUAUGAUAAAAAAACUAAGCAGGAAAUGGAGAAGGAAAAACAAAUGCAAGAGGAAGAUGAUGAAGGAUGGGUUACUGUUACCAAACGAGGAAAUAUUCAAAGCUUCCCUCGUACGGAGAAAGUUGAAAAUAAAAUAAUGGCCAAAGAGGAGAAGAGUAAAAAGAAAAAAGAGCUUAAGAACUUUUAUACUUUUCAAAUAAGAGAAUCAAAAAUGAAACACAUUGUUUCAUUGAGACAAAAGUUUGAGGAAGACAAAAAGAAAAUAGCUCAAUUAAAACAAAGUAGAAGAUUUAAACCAUUUUAA